GAAAAUGAAGAAUUGAUGCAUAAAAUAAAAGUUAAUAAUAGAGAUACCUUGAAACUGGACCAGCAAAUAUCCAGUGAACAGACACUAGAUAAAAAAGAAAAGGAUCAUAAGGUUUUUUAUCAAGAAAUUAAGGAACAGUUGGAUAGGCUAACAAUAAAUGUGGAAUCACAUCAAGCCAAUAAGGACCCAUCCAAUACCUUAAGUAGUUACAUCAAUGAUUCAUUACUGGGAGACUGUCUUCGCAUUAUUGCAAGUGAAGGAGAUCUACAAGAAAAAUGGUUUGAUCUUGGAUAUGUAUUGGGUUUUACUAUUGGUCAACUUCAUGAUAUUGAACUAACAAGCAUUGAUCCCAUCCAACGUACUAGAAAAGUUUUAAUUCACUGGAGAAGUGAGAAUAGAUCAGAAUCAUGGGAGCCUUUAGCAGCAGCUUUGGCCAAGAUCGGCUUUGAAGAUUUAGCACACAGAGUCAAGAAUCAUUUUGAAUCUCAUUCUACACCUGAACCAGGUCCAGAAGAUAAAGAAGACCAUUAUAAGGGAAUUUAUUGUAAGCUCUGUGAUAAAUACCAUCUCAAUUUUGAGGGCAUUCAACACAAAAUACCAAACGUUGACUCUCCACCUGAUAUGGUUGAUCUUAUUAACUUGGUAGCAGUGAAGAUUCAAGACAAAUUUUAUCAAUUUGGAACAGUACUUCAUUCGGAUGAUGGUUUCUUAAGGAGUCUUUAUGUCGAUUAUCAUGAUCCCAUUGAUAGAUUCAUUGCUGUUUUUAACAGAUGGAAGGACAAUGAUCCUGACACAUACACAUGGGCUACUGUCAUUAAGGUACUUCAGUCUGAUGCUAUUGGAGCUUAUGCAGUGGCUCAAGAUGUCAUGAAGCAUCUUACCACUAAUGCAGAGGCUGCAGAGCAUGCUUCCAACUAAUUUUGUAUGGUUUUUGUACGUGUGUGAUGUGUGCUAU